AUGGACCCCCAACCCCAACCACAACCACAACCCCAACCACAACCACAACCACAACCACAAUCUCAACCACCAGCCGCCGCAACCAAACUCCGUCUAAUGUGCAGCUACGGUGGCCACAUAAUCCCACACCCCCACACCAAAUCCCUUUUCUAUUCAGGUGGGGACACCCGCAUCAUCACCAUCCCUACCGCCGCCGCCGCCAACAGCCUUACACUCUCCUCUUUAAUCACUCACUUAUCAACAACUCUGAAAAUAACCACACCAAUCGUUCUAAAAUACCAACUUCCACAUCACAAUCUUGAUUCUCUCAUUUCACUUUCCACUGAUGAAGAUGUCCUUAUCAUGCUUGAAGAACACCAUAACAACCGUACACCUUCACGUAUUAGAUUAUUUGUCUUUCCAAACAAAACCAUUUUGAGUCUGCCCGAAUUAAAGGCUGCAACUCAGUUAAAUCACCCGAAGACUGAAACUUGGUUUGUUGAUGCAUUGAAGAAUGCAAAGAUUGUCAAUCUUGAGGGUAAUGGUAAUAAUGGUGGUGGGUUUUGUGGAGCUGAGUCUAUGGUUUUGGAAACUUCUUCUUCUUUUGGGUCUUCUUCGUCUUCCGUUUCGUCGUCGAAUCUGGGUGUUAAAGGUGGUUUUGUUGAGGAUAAUGGGACUGGUUUGGUGGAUAAUAAGGUUAAAUUGUCUACCUCAGAAGGAAUUUCAAGUGAUCAUGGUAUGGGAACUGCAGUUUGUCAGGAUCCACAGUUUGUGACGUAUCAAGAUCCAGUUGGUGCUGUUACUUCAGGGGAGAGUAAAGUUUCUUUUAUAAAUCCAUUCGAAUCAGAGAGUAAAAUCCCUGAUCCUCCUCCUCCCAUGGGGUUUGACAUGCAUAAAACAGCUCCUGUUUCUGGGUAUCCAGUGUCUUUUCAAUAUGAUCAGCCGCAACAACUGCAAUUCGUUCAAACAAAUGCCCCACAUUAUAUACCCCAGAACUCAAGUGUAGUGCCAAUGUCUUCUUACUAUAUGACGAGUUCUCCAGUGCCUCAGCAGCAGGUCUAUUAUCAGACCAACCAACCUCAGCCGAUAUACUUAGUGCCUGUUGCGCAGCCAUACAAUUUUCCUGUGCAGAGUGGUUUGAUGAACACUGCAACAGUUGCCUCUAGUCGUCCUCCAAUGCAUCCCAAUUCUUCUAUGCACCCUGCUCAAGUGUCUUACAAUGUCUCUGCUGCUUUACCUGCAACUGAGUUAACUUCACAAGUUUAUAGAACAAUCCCAAGAACAAGUUCACCUGUUACUGUACCUCACAAUGAAAAUCAGCAUCAAGGUGGAGGACUUCCACAAAUGAAUCACCAAGCUCAGCCCUUAUAUGCUGCUUCCAUGGAGAGUAGUAACUAUAGUAAAAAAAUUGAUGAUGAUCCUGUACAUGCUCAAAUAUACAAGUCUCAGCCUCCGCCUCCAUCGUUGCCUUCUCAGUACCAAACCAUGACCCCAGCCACAACAAUCUUGUUAUCAGAGGCUAUGGCACAGUUAAAUACCGAUAAUAUUAAGCAGCAACAGCCAAGAACCUCGCAGCCACAAUGA